UUAGAAACUUCCGGAACAGCAGUCCUUUUCAGUCCUACGAAGGUCGAUUAGACACAGACACAUUAGCUACUGUACUGAGUUGCUUUCUUCAAAUACGAAGUACUUUUCUUGUUAUAUUUGACUAGCUAGCUAUCUUUAUCAAAAAUGCCAAGAGGAAGCAGAAGCCGGACGUCAAGGAUGGCCCCUCCAGCCCGGAUGGCUCCACCGCCACCCCCCAUGGCCAGGGCUGCACCACCUCCAUCCUACGCCCCAGCGCCUGCCCAUGCCCCCCCGUCCGCCAUGGCUGCCCCAGCCGCUGUUGCCCCCCGGCAGCCAGGCAUGUUUGCGCAGAUGGCUACCACAGCCGCUGGGGUAGCCGUUGGCUCAGCCGCAGGGCACAUGAUCGGCCACGCAAUGACUGGAGGAAUGGGUGGGGGCGGAGGAAGCCAAGAGGCUGCCAAGCCUGAUGUCACCUACCAGGAGCAGCCCCAGCAGUACCAGCAGCAGUACCAACAGCCACCUCCCAUGUACCAGCCAGCCCAGUAUCAGCAGCAGCCCCAGUCCAUGUUCCAGCAGGAGCCUGCACCACAGCAUGGAUCCUGCUCAUAUGAGCUCAAGCAGUUUAUUGAGUGUGCUCAGACCCAGAGCGACCUGAAACUCUGUGAGGGCUUCAGCGAGGUGCUCAAGCAGUGCAAGUUCUCAAAUGGGAUGUCCUGAGAGACAAACAACCCCAGCAACGCUGGACAUACACACUCAGCAUACACACACAAUACUAUUAAAGAAGUAAUUUACAAACACUUGAUAGACUUGGCUUUGUUUUGGCACUUGAUCAAAGAACUGUUAAUCAUCAUAUAUGGACAAUUUAAAAACAUUCUCCUAGGGUUUAUGCUGUGAAGCUUGUAAUAAGUCAUUUCAAAUGAAAACAUGCAAAAAAAUAAACUACACGUUUGAUUGUCUUUAAUGCUUAAACAUGGGGUGUAUUCAUUGCGUAUUGUAACGGAAACUGUUUACCUUUAAGAACCAACCAGAGCAAACGGAAUGUAACGGGGAGGGACCUACCUGAAUUUAUCCAAUAGAAACUUGUUUUCGUUGCAAAACGUUUUCCGUUGGGAGUAAACGAUUUUGGUUGUAAAACGUUUUGUUUAUUUAUUUUAUUUAUUUCACCUUUAUUUAACCAGGUAAGCAAGUUGAGAACAAGUUCUCAUUUACAAUUGCGACCUGGCCAAGAUAAAGCAAAGCAGUUCGACACAUACAACGACACAGAGUUACACAUUGUAACCGACCAUGUUUUGUUACAGAAUCGUAAUGAAUACACCCCUGUUGUAAAUUAGUCUGGUCCCUAGUCUCAGCCGGCUGGGGACAAGAUUAGUUGUAAAUCUACCUGAUGUAUUUUAACAGUAAUAUUCCCUCAUAGCCUGGUUAAAGCAGACUGAAAGUAGUGUGUGAAAUCCGUUCGGAUGCCAGGCUAACUCCCUCAGAUCACAAUGUAAACUUCAUUGUUGGUAGAUAUUCCCUUGGUCCACCCAUUUCCAUAUCUGGAUUAGGGUUGUACAGUCGCAAUUUGCUUGUAACAAGUUUAGGAUCUAAUAAAGCUCUUCACAUUAAA